AUGGCCCAUUUUUUACGAGGAAAGCAGGCUGGCAUUCAGAGUGAUCUCUCCGGGAGCCUCUCGCCAGAAAGCUUCCUCAUAGACGAGUUCGGGAGCGGGGAGAUUUAUGUGUUUGGACAAGAGCGAGUCUCUGCCGUUUUUUCCCUCCCUCGCAAAGCGUCAACGAGUAUUCUUCAAUUCUGCGGAGAUAAGCUACUCGCCGUUGCGAAGAAUGAGCUAUACGUCUUCUCGCUUGAUGAGAGAAAGCUCGUCACUUCGUAUGCGCCGCCUGGGCAUGCUACGUGCGUGCUUACAGACCCAGCCCUAGACUAUGCAUUUAUCGGGCUACAGAACGCUGAUCUUUUAUCGGCGAUAGGCGAACUUGUCACAUAUGACCUCGACCGGCAUAUGGUAGCUCCAUUCAAAGUGUCGAAUUUAUGGAAAGAGAGAAAUUCGAGGGCCAGGUUCCUCCCCAUAGUAUCCCUUGCUUUUCAUCCAAAGGAUAUAGGGACUCUACUGAUCGGAUACUCGGACGGAGCUGUGAUAUUUUCUAUCAAACAGAAUGUCCCUGUUAAGUACUUCCAGUAUGAGGUACCCAAGGGCGCUCCGGGUGGUGAUUCAGACCCCUCCUCAGCUCGUGAGACGAGGUGGCCUAAAGUUGUCAAGGCACUCUGGCACCCAACUGCCACUUUUGUUUUAACUGCGCACGAAGAUUCAUCUCUUGUGUUUUGGGACCCGAAAGAUGGGCGUGUCGUUAUGGCUAGAACGAUACAGGCAAUAGAUGUGAAUAAACCAGGCGAACUCGCAUCUACAUCUGGCUCAACUCCUGGUACUUUCUCACUAAAGGCACCUAUUUUUGAAAUUGCAUGGUGUUGCAAAGAAAACCCGGAUGAUACGGGACUACUAAUAGCUGGCGGAACACCUACCACUGAGAUGACAAAAGGGCUCACGUUUAUUGAUCUCGGGAUUACUCCAAACUACCAAACUUCUUCCUGGCAAGUCCUGUCUGGUCAUUUCUCAUCUUUAAAGCGUCAGUCAACAUUACCGACUCCGCCAAAUGCAGAAGUAGCCCAAUUUUGCCUAAUUCCCCGAGCAUCACCCCAUUUCGGGGGUGCUCAAGAUCCUAUUGCAGUUAUUGCUCUUCUAUCAUCCGGGGAACUAGUUACUCUAAGCUUUCCAAGCGGAUACCCCAUAACUCCUACCAAUGUUUUCCCUCCCUCUUUAACAAUGGUCCACCCAUUUGCUACCAAAUUUGAUCUUGCUUGCAUCGACAGGACAAGAUGGCUUGGUUGGCGAGAGAAGAGAGCACAAGGACCACCCCUUCUUAUCGGAGGAGCAGCAGCAAAAAAGGCACUGAAACGGUUUGAAACCCGAGAUAUUGCUAUUGUUGCACAUGCAGAUGGUCUCAUACGUCUUUGGGAUAUUGGACAUGACGACCAGAUAGAGAAUCCAACGGUUCUUCAAGUGGAUCUGGCUCGCGCAGUUGGGAGGUAUGAUAAAAUUGAGACCACCCAGAUGUCGUUUUCUGGUGCCGCAGGCGAACUUUCUGUUGGCCUCCAAAGCGGAGAGUUAGUGGUUUUUAAAUGGGGUCGGAAUGAAAAUGCUGGCCGAGAUGUGCCCCUUGGGGAGAAUAAUGGGCCAGACCAGAUUACUAGCAUAUCUCACAGAGGUGACCCUGGACUGAAGGAAGGGCUACUCCCUCUUGCACUGCUAGACCAAAGCCAGGGACCAAUUACCGUUCUCAAGCACAGUGAUGUAGGAUUCAUCUGUGUUGGAUAUAAGUCUGGAAGCAUUGCAUUUCUUGACUUACGCGGCCCAGCUGUGAUAUACUCAGCGAACUUGACAGAUUUCGCAGCCAAACAGUCACGGAGAAGCAGCUGGAAAAGCCAUUCUUCAAUGGAAAAAGGGGCAGAUUGGCCAACUUGCGCUGAAUUUGGUGUUUUAAGAAUUGAAGAUGACAGUUACUCAAGUAUCAGCUGCUUCGUUGGCACCAACAACGGUCACUUAGCUACAUUUAAAAUCCUUCCUUCAUCUGGCGCAACGUAUACCGUGUCUUUUGUUGGGUCGUGUAGUUUGGAUGACAGGGUGCUAUCCAUUUGCCCUAUUAACGCGGAGACUGGAGCUCAGACACUAGCUACACAGGAAGCCGUCUCAGACUUACGAAAUGGAGGUAGGGUCAAUGGAGUGAUUGUCGCGGUCACACCUUCUGGUUGUCGUAUCUUCAAACCCUCUACUUCUAAAGGCGCCCAUAAGAAUUGGGAUGACUUCAUGUGUGAUGCUGCCUCUGUGGUUCACUCGCCUGGGGGAUGCAGUCUGGUAGGCUUAUUUGGUGAUGGGAAAGCUAGAGCGUACUCCAUACCAGCCUUAAAGGAGAUUGGCUCUAUAAGUAUUGGAAAGAUACUUGAAACUAGAAGGUUGGGCGAUGCUCGGAUAUCACCAUCCGGAGAUAUUCUUGCAUGGACUGGACCAUCUGAAAUGGCUAUGCUUCAUGUUUGGGGUGUCGGCAGCCCGUUGCUCCGGUCAGCAGACAGGCUCUUUAACCCCGAAGCAAUCGCGCCACCUCGCCCAACUAUAUCCAAUCUACAAUGGAUAUCCGGGACACAAUUUGUAUCAACCGCAGAUGUGGAUUUAUUGGUUGGAGGACCGAACCGCCCUCCCUCUAAGCGCAUGCUCGAGCAAAUGCGUCUCGAAGAGCAAGAGCGUCAAAGGGCAGAGCGUGAAGGGCGCCUUCCCAGAACCAACACCUCUAACUCACAGGGCUCACAAGAGUCAUAUUGGGCAUAUAUGCAAAGACAAAUGCAGGAAAGAACUGAAAAUUUAAACAUUAUGGGCGAUAGCAUGGAUCGCCUUGGAGAGAACAGCAGCGGCCUAGCAGAUGACGUUAACAAGUUUGUCAGGAACCAAAAGAAGAAGGCAGUUCUGGGAGGACACAUGCCUCAAGGAAGUAAAAUCGAUGGCAUGUGCCUCUCUUCUUGGAAUCCCACACCUUGUACUUCUUCUACUUACCUCCUCAUCCGGGAGGGAGUUUCCCCUCUCUUUUCUGUCACUCACGAAUUUAUUGAUGAUAUAUAA